GAUAGUGUGUAAAUUAGUGUAACACAAAAUUUAUAUUUUUGGGGGGUAAUUAAUUAUUUACAGACCAAAGAAUAUAUUUUAUAUGACCAAAGGGUAAACUAAAAUAUGGCCAAGACAGCAGAUCGUAUCAAAAGUAAUAUUUUAGAAAAAGACCCCAUCAUAUUAAUUGAAAAAGAUGAGUUGCCACCAACAAAGAAAUUAAAACAAGCAAGGUUACCAUUUCAUCCAGUUGAUUCAAAAGUGCAGAUGUCGAAGAAUUUGUCACCACAGGCUUCCAAAAAAAGAAAAUUAUCUGACCCGGAGUCGCCAAGUGCCAAGACUCCAAAAAUCAUCAACAAAUCGUUAAUAGAUAAACCAAAGCAUGAUAAGCACACUACUGACAAAGUGGCAAAUAAAAGUUUGUUGGAGAAGGGAAAACGUGACACAGUUAACUCAGACAAACAUCAUUAUAUUUUGAUUGAUGAUAAAAAUGAUAAUGAGGUGAGUUCGAGCUCAGAGGCAGACAACCAGCCUCUGUUGAUAGCCAACAAGAGACGGGCCAGUGAAACAAACCUUUUGGAACGGUUUGUUAAAAAGUCGCCGCAGGAGGAGAUUUCGUCUACAAAUGAAGUGAUUGAUUGUACCGAUUCCGACGAAGACAGAGUAGUGGUCGUUUCAAGUACGAAAGAAACAUCUUCAACUGGUGAUCUCUUGAUUUUGGAUAAACCGGUUGAUUCCGAUAAGAUUGACAAAGUUGUCAAAUUAAAUUCUGUUAUUAAAAUUCCUCAUUUGAAAGAAUCUGGAGAUAAAAGUGAGUUGAGUGAGUGUGUGGAAGAUCCUGGUCUUCACUUAGAGAAGAUCGGUGGCUCAGGGGCAUCUACUGCUGUCCCGGCUCAAUCUGGAAAUGUACAGACUGAUGAGUCUGUUUCUGAUCAGUCAUCUAAAAAGCUUGUUAAAUCUUGUACAAAAGAUAUUACGGAAGAAACCAGUACCGUUACAGCUACUGUCGUAAAUACUGACAUUGAAACUGGUAAAACUGAGCAGCCAUGCAAAGACCCUGUUACACCGUGUACGAGAUAUGUUACGGAAGAAACCAAUUCCAUUACAGCUGCUGUUGUGAGUGCCGGCAUCGAAGGGGAUAAAACUGAGCAACCCUAUAAAGACCAUGUUACACCGUGCUCAGAUGUGGUUACAAAACCAGUCAGUACCGUUACUAUUUUGAAUGCUAAUGACAAAACCUGUAAAAGUGAUCUCUCCUGUAAGAAAUCUGUUACGCCUUGUUCAGGUCUUGCUACAGAGCAGCUCAGUACACUUGGCACUGCAGUUUCAGCUACUGUAAAUACAGGCAUCAAAAAUUGUGAAAGUCGUCAGUCAUGUAAAAGCCUUGUUAAGCCUUGUACAGAUCUUGCAGAAUCGCUCAGUACAGUUACAACUGCAGUUUCCGUUUCUUCAGAUACUGCAAUCAAAAUCUGUGAAACUGAACAACCAUGCAAGAAGCUUGUUAGUAAUGAUACUACUUGCUCAGAUGUUAAUACGGAACAGAUUUGUGGUGUUGAAAUGGCCAGUUCAGAAUCUGUAAGUACCGUAGUGGAAACAACUAUAGACAAAAACUGCCAGAAUUCAACCGAGAAGACGAAAGAACCCAAGAUUCCUGACUGCGUUCCCAGCACUUCAGCUGAUCAAAACGUUUCAUGUGUCGAGACACAUGAUGAUAUAAUAUGCAUGAAGGAUGAUAAAGAAGAUGACCAGUCUGAUGUAGAUUGCCCUGAUGAAAGUUUAUUGGAUUCCUCGGGAUGCACUUCAGCUAAGAGUGAUGAGUCAUUCAGCGAGACAACACUUUCCACCUCUACAACUAGCAUAAAACAGAGUCCGAAACUUGUAACCUCCACACCUAAAAACAAACCAAGGAGUCGCAAAAUAUCUGACUUUCGUAAACAAGAACGUGAGGCAGCUCGUCUCGAAAAACUUCAGAAACGUGAAAAAGAACGGUUAGAAAAGAUCAAAAUGAAGGAAGCAGAAAAAGCACAAAAAGAAGAAGAAAAGAUGAAAAAGAAUAAAGAACGCUUGGAAAAGAAAGCGCAAAUGGAACAAGAAAGAUUGGAGAAGAUUCAACAAAAGGAGGAAGAGAAGAAGAAAAAACAAGAAAUGUUAGAUGCUAAGGUUGAAGAAAAGAGGAAGAAAGAAGAAGAAAAGAGGCUAAAAGAUGAAGAACGACAGAAAGAAGAAGAAGAAAAAAUAAAAAAGAAGCAGAAGGCACAACAGGCUUUUUCCAGUUUUUUUUUUAUUAAGCAGAAAGCUGUCACAUCAAAGCCCAAAGAAGUGAUUUCAAGUUUCUUCAUGCCAUUUGAAGUGAAGACUGACAUGAUUUUGGCUCCAGUUCAGCGGAGAAAGAUUGGUGAAGAAGAACGUGUACAUCUGGAUGACUGUCUGCAGUCACAGAAUGAUGACAAAUUAUAUAUUAGUGAUAUCAAGGAAAAGGGAUACAAGCGUGGUUCGGAUUCCAGAACAGAAUUACCAAGCCAGCCCAGCAGUGCUGACUUGGACGUUAUUGAAGUUUCUUCAGAUGUGAAGAAAGUAACAUACCCGGCCAAAUUCCUGUCGUUUCACACAAACUAUCGGCCUCCGUAUUUUGGAACUUGGCGAAAGAAGAGUAAAGUGUUAACAGCACGGAAUCCUUUCAAAAAGGAUGAUAAAAUCUUUGAUUAUGAAGUGGACAGUGAUGAUGAAUGGGAGGAAGAAGAACCUGGUGAAAGUCUGGAAAACUCAGAGGGUGAAGAAGAGAAGGAAGGAGAGGAGGAUGAGGAAGAGGAAGAAGACGGCUGGAUGGUGCCUCACGGGUAUUUGUCAGAGGAUGAAAUAUGCGAGGAGGAUGAAGAGGUAACUCCUGAGGUUCUGAAAGCUCGACAGAUGGCGAAGGCGGAAGCCUGGGAGGCGGAGAUGAAGCGACAGUGUCAGCCCGUUCUUCCCCUUGUCAUUGGCUGCUUCUGGGAGGGAGAGACACCAGUCGAGGAAAAAAUGCAAAAACUACAAACAUUUAAGGCCGUGUGCAUGGUUGCUGUUGUUCCAGUAUCUCUGGUAAAUGAUGAAGUGUCUCUGGGUAGAGAUUCCGAGGGUGGAACUCUCAACAGAAGUGGCUUGAAGAAACCAGUUCCUGAAGAAGCUAUACCAUAUCUUAUUCAGCUAGUUCAUGGAAAUACCCUCGGUAUAAAGAAGCUGGUCAAGGAAUUCCGUUGGUUCUGGAAACAAAAGAACAACCCGAAACCAGUCUCUGAUGAAAUACCCAUGGAAAUCGAUGAUCAUGACUCGCCCAACAAAAGCACCACUUUUGACUUGUCAUUGACAGAAGAUAAAAAUAAAGAUGAAACCGACCUUAAUGAAACUCAAGAAACAAACAGUGUAUUUGCCAUUUCGAAAAGGCAAGUUGAAAUGAAGAUCGCCUCAAUUGCCACAAGAGAGAGACGACAAGACAGAAAGAUUUGUUGGUUUGUUCAUGAUAGUGUUCUUGAACAGUAUGGUUGCCAGGGCAUCUCGUUGCCAAACAACUGGCAGUAUGUUUCUAAUGUCAAGAAACAGCUGAAAACCAAUGAUGAAAACAGUGGUAGGAAAACUCCAAAGAAUGUACCCGAAACCACUUCGAAACCUCCAAAGAAUGUACCCGAAACCACUUCGAAGAUGGAAUGUGAUGAAAAUUUGGAAUCUGGGCAAAUGCUGGACAAACCUGUUUCAAAAGACCAACGCUCAAUAAUGGAUUUUGCAAAAAAGAACACUCCAAUAAUUUUUAAAGAAAUAGAAAAACCGACGUUGGCCCCUUUGACCUCGGUAAAAGGUGUUCGUACUGACCAGAGGUCAAUCACCAACUUCACAAAGAAAUGUGCGAAUGAUGAAACGAAUCCCUUGUGUAUUACCAUUACCGAUUCCCCUACGAAAGAUUCAGCCCCGGCUUCUUUUGUUUCACCAAGACCACGACCUAAUACGAUCGUGGGGAUGCUAAAACCUGUAAUGAGCCAUGUCGGUACAACAAAACAAAAAACAAUGGUGUCUCCGGUACAAAUGACUCGUACAGUUCCUGACAGUGUCAUAAAGCCAACUAUCGUCGGUUCUACUAGACAACCAGAAAUAAUGUCUCCGGUACAAAUGACUCGUAAAGUUCCCGACAGUGUCAAAAGGUUGCCAACUGUUCCAGUAGGGAUGUUGAAACCUGUGAAAAGCUUCGUCGGUUCAGCAAGACAGCCAGCAAUAACCUCUCCAGUACAAUUGGUUCGUAAUGUUCCUGAUAGUGUCGAAAAGCCUUUGGUUCCUCCAGAAGUGUUCAGGCCCAUUGUUUCAGAAAAUAUCAGUGUGCCAGCUGUACAGGAAGGAAGAAAUUGUAAAUUGGCAGAAGCAAAUGUCAAGGAUAAUGAUGAGUGUAUUCUGAUAGAGUAGUCUUUUAUCAGUUUGUCAGAAAGUGUGAGGUUCUAUUAAAAUAUAAAUACAUCAGGUUACUCUAAUUUCAUCUCAGGGUUGAAUAUAUUCACUUAUAGGCCGACCUGUGAAUUGUGAUAUGGCUCAAAAUUGACCAGGGAUUAAAAGGCAAUUGCCACUCAAAAUAUACAAUAUGUUUUUUGAUAAUCAAUUUCACAAACAGAUUUUGCUUUCUAUCUUAAACAGGCAUCAAAAUAAGUAUCUAGUUUACAGGUUACAACAAAACACAGGCCUAUGGGUUAUGAGAGUUUUAUAAAUUGAAUAACAAUCAAAAUAUAGGGGCUGUAGUUUUUGUUUUAUACAUUUUGUGCAUAAUGAAAAUACCAUUACCGGUAACAACUUUCUUAACUUUCUUGACAUGAACGACCGUUCUCAACUAAUUCUGAUGCCAGUUAAAGAUUGUUCUUUCCAUCUUAAAACAUAGUUUAACUAUUCAUAUUAAGAAAUUAGUGCCAACAAUGUCUACACUGAAAUAACCAAUAUUUAAUUAUCAGAAAACAUCAUAUAUAAAAUUGAUAUAAAAUAGUUUUAAAAAAUUAAGUUUUUAAAAUUGAAAUUUAUAUCGUAUUAUUCAUGCAAAGUGCUUUUCAAUUUCCACCAUUUAUUUUCUGAUUAAAAUUAGCAUUUCACAAAAUGUUUUUCUAGCCUUUCUGUUUAAAAAUAAUAAAUCAAUGUGGUCUAAUUUUAUCUCAGGAUUGAAAAUAUUCUUGUUGGAACUAUAGGCCUACCUAUAUAAAUGUAAACAUGGUUGUUGAAAUUGUUAUUCUCUGAAAUUUUUAUUGUCAUGUUAAUUUAUCAAACAUUGAGAAUUUGAUUGUUUUUUGUACAUGAACCUUUAACGACCAAUGAAUGGCAAGGUGAGUGACUGUUUACAGGCUAACCUAAAAUCCUUUUAAUAGUGUUUGAUUGAUUGUACAUCGAUAAUAGAUAAUAUAUGAUAGUUAUGUGGGCCAUGUACAAGGAGGCCACUUUAAUUCAUAUUCUACUUCGACACAUUGGUAAGAACAAAUUUCACUGGAUCACUGCUCACAUCGGAGAUUGUAAACCAAUGUUUUACAAUCUGCAAAUUUUAAAAGUCGAAAUGUGUCAUAACUUGAAUAAUUUAUAUAAAAAAACCCAAAAGAAACAACUGAAAUUAGAAUUGUCAUAAUCCUAUUGUAUUUCUAAGUUUGCUAAUGUAGAUUGUUGAUUUUACUGUUGCAAAUUUCCCAUUUUAUUGGUUCUGCUAGUGUGUUGCCAAUAAACAAUAAAAAAAAACCUACAAAGUAGGAUUAUCUCACAAAUAUAUGUAGGAUUUUCUUGAACAAAUACUUAUGAUGAUUUAUGAUGAUUUAAGGUGUUGUGUAGUGGUAGUUUUGUGGUGAGGUUUCUAGUGUAGUUUUAGGUUUUUUCUUUAAAACUGUAAAUAUUUGCCUUCAAAGUCAAACUGAACCAAACUCCCUUAACCGAAAACCAGUUAAAAAUCAACUAGUUCAAAGUGCUUAUCAUUUGAAAAUUGAUCGGGAGUAAGAAACAGCUCUUGUGAAAUUACUCGGGAGCAAUCUUUGCCAAGAAAUCGUGAAUGAUCACCUCUGCUCCCCUCCACACUUUUCUGAAAAUUGAUCACCUUGAAAUAAAAAAAAUUUAAUCAAUUUAUUGCAAACUUCAUAUAAUUACUUAUCGUGUGCCAUUUCAGGAGAGUGAUCUUCAGUUCACUUUAAUUAAGCCAGUAGUGAAGAUUAGGAGAGCAAUUGUUCUCGAUAUACAAAUUCCGAUUUUCAAUAAAUAAACAAUAUCAGCAUGUAAAGAGGCAAAAGGUUUUUGUCCUAUGCAGAAAUAGUUUUAUGGAAGCACAUGAUAGUGCAAACAAUUGCUUGUGUCAAGCUAUAAGGACCGAGUUUGAGAAAUUGGCCAUUACAGGGCUCGAACUUAAUAAUGUGUCUCCCACAGCAAUUUUUUUUUUAAAUGCCGUGGAUGAAACAAUCCACCAAUGGAAAUUUUGAGCCUGCCUAUGGCAGUUUUUUAAAAAGUGACAUUUGCAGCAAAUAAACCUGAAGGAAAGGCCAACUUGUUAUAUGUAGAUAUCUUUUAAAUGUGCAAAUGUUAAAUAUUGGCAGAUAAUGUACACCAGGUAUAUACAUUUUGCCAUUGAUGAGGAGCUUUAUCGACAGCACAAAAGUGCCAUCGGUGAUGCUCUCUACCUACAGCAAUUUAUAUCUCAAUGAUGGCAAUUGCCGGUGGUGUCACAGUUAAGUUCGAGCCAUGCAUUAAGUAUUCGGCAAUAGACUGAAGAACUAUACCAAUGUGUAAAUUUUGUGUGCUUGACAAACUUGGUUUUUUAUUCAUGAGAGUGACAUUAAAAAGGUUCCUUAUUUUAAUAUGUGGAAAUGCCCUCCUUUUUUAAAAUAUCUCAACUGAAGUUAUGCUGCGUUCAUUUCGUGCUUGUGAAUAUCGUGAAUUACAGAUUCCAAAUUGUGAACACAACUUCACCAUGUGCAGAGCGUUCAGGCAAUUUAUAGACAAUCUGCACUGUCACUCCGAGUUUACACACACAAACUCAUAAUUACACGAAUUAUUUGUUUGUUCUGCCAUUUUUCCCUGUGAAGAUUGAGACAGAAAAUUCUACCCCCAUUUACAAGUUAUGUUCACUGAUUAUUUUUCCAAACAGAUGCUCUUCACAACUUGUGAAUUGGAAAAUACAAUAUUCACGACUUCUAACGAACACAAUUAUUAUCCGGGAAGCAGUAGAUUGCUUUCCAAUUUCCAAAGGGAGAUGCCAAACAAUAUGUAGUAAUUAGUUGUGUAUUUAUUAUAUUUACUCCACUGUUAUCUUGUAGCCAUUAUUGUCUUAGAGUGUAAAAGUGCUGUAUAGUAAAUCUUGUUUUUGCAUAUUUUUUGUUUUUUUUUGUUUUUACAGGGAACAAUAUUUCAAAAUAUAUUUCUGUAACUGGUUAGGUACCUAAUCCUAACCUACUUGCUACUUAGACUGGUUCUGUACUAAAUUGAGAUUUUUCAUUUUGACUAUUUAUGUUCUGUGAAUCUCUGGCGUGGAUGGGUGGAGGCAUAGCUUCCCCUAAUCACAAUUUUGUUUUUUUUCUGCCUGUCACUCUAUAUUCUACUAAUAGACAGUAGUUGUUCAGACAACCACCCCACACACACACACACCACCCCCCAACCCCCCACACCAUCCCUCACAACUGCUGGGAAUCAAGUGUCCAAAUAUCAAUCCAAAACAUUUUGAAUAUGUGAAUAUUUGUGAAAAUACAUGUCCAUUUGUAACACAUUAAUAAAGUUCCGGCUAUGCUGAAUAAAAGAUCCCUUGCUGCCUGUCAUAAAAGAGUAGCCUAUGUGGCGACAGUGGGUUUCCUCUAAAAAAAACUGUCAGAAUGACCAUAUGUUUGACGUCCAAUAGCUAAUGAUAAGAUAAAAAAUCAAUGUGCUCUAGUGGCGUCGUUAAAUAAAACAAACUUUACUUUACUUUUCCAGUCCAACUUUAUUACUAGUAUAUCAACAUCUGGGAUAUGCUGUCCUAUCUACACUGCCCUGCUAUGGCAAAAGCCAGUAAUAAUCAGGAACAAAGUAAAGAUGGAGCUGGUCGGUUUAAAAAUUUCAGCUUCGGUAUCUAUCUUUGGGGUGAAUUACCUCUGUAUUGAUACGGUAUUUGGUACAAUAUCGAUAUUGAGCGGUAUUUUCGGUAUACUCUGCUUUAAAUGCACACCUGAGUUACGGCUCACCUGCUAAUUUCAUCUCUCUUUCACCAGCCAGCUCUAAUAACAUAAAAUAUAGUCCUAAAACACUAACCUUAAGAAAUAAAAUCAUUCAACUGCUUUAAAAACAAUUCACUAUUUACUGCCUUUUGAUUUAACAGGUAAUGCACUUUUGAAAAAAAGAAAGAUUAUGCAGAAAUUUGUGAUAUAAGUACAUGAGAAUCAUGAGAGAAAUUAAAAUGGUGGUUGGAUCUGUGCGUGUGUCAUCCUUUGCAUUGUGUACAUGUUCACUCUUAACAAUCCCAGGCCAAACCAUUCUGUAUAUUUGAAACUGCAUUUGUUAACGACUGAGAACCAGUUAUUGUUGCCAAGUGAAGUCGUGUAGGAUUUGAGAAAGGAAAAAUAACACAUUUUUCACUUUUCAAAAAAUUUGGGAAUGCAUUCCCUGCACCAGUACAGUCAGGAUUUUAGAUCACAUCAAAAUUAAGGAAAUAAAUGCUGUGCCCAAAAUAAGCAGAUCCAAAUUAGGUACAAAAAUGUUUUUUGUCCAAACGUUUUGUCUCAAAACCACAAUGUGCUUUAAUUAGAUAAAAUAACUUGAAAUGAAAUUCUGAAUAUCUACAACCUUUCAGCUACUGUUGAUAAAAGUACUUUACUAAAAAGACCUUGCUUUGCUCCAAACGUUCAAAACAAAUUUGUUGGACCAAAUUUAAAUUGAGAUCCAAAACUCCCGACAAACUUGCUCAUCUAUGUUAUUUCAUCAUGUAAUGUGCAUGGCAAUAAUGCCUUUAAUGUAAUAAAUUAAUUAUUUUACACUUUUAGCUGGUGACAUGACAACUUGUCAACUUUUGCAUUUAGUUUUAUGUUAUGGUUUACCUCAGUUUCUGAUAUUAGUCAAUUACAAACACUAAAUAGGUGAAACAUUGGUCAUAGUGGUACCCAUGGAACAUCUUUGGAGUGAUUUUUAUUUAUUUAUUAAAGAUGAAUUAAAGGCACAAUAAUAUGAAUAGUUUAUCUUCUGCAUUCAAACACUUGGUUAUGGCUCUUAAUUUAGAUCAGGAUUUGUAUGUUCCUGAAGAACUGUGGUGUUGAUCAGUUCACAUUUGGUUCCCCAUAGCUUGUCUCUAAAGUGCAUCGAAAUUGGCCAAGAGCACGUUCUCUCAGUGGUGUAUAUAGGAGUCUUGUAUGUCCUGGAUCUUGUGUUCCUGUGCCACAGGGACAUUCCAUGGAUGGUGUAAUUUUGAGGCCAUGCAUAUGGGACAGUAGGCGACAAUGGCCGGUUCUGAGUGAAAGAUGAUCUAUUAUAUGGCACAGUAAAAUAUUGCUUGAUAAACUUGUCAAAAAAGGACCCUCAGUAAACUGGAAUUCCCUCAAAAUGGGAGAUUUUUCUUGGUCCCUUUUCAAAUAUCGGUAUAGAAUAACUAAAUGUCUUUAAAAAAGAUACCCCUUAAAAUUAGAUUUUUUUUAUACUUGGUCGCCUGUGUGUCUGGUUUCACUAUAUAUACAUUUAACAGGUGUACAUAUUCAAUGUCAAUCGAAGGUCAAAUGUAAUCUAGUGUUCUUUCACGACAGGUUUUAUUGUGGAAUUUUAUGUGCAAAGAAUCUGUACACUUCAAACAUUUGUAUAUUUACCUAUAUAUUUACAAAGUCCAGAGUUUUUAAUAAACUUUGAAAAACUAA